AUGCGGCGCGCCAGCCGAGACUACACCAAGUACCUGCGCGGCUCCGAGGAGCUGGGCGGCAGCGCCCCCCAAGAGAGCUCGCAGCAGCAGCCGCAGUCGGUGCCGCCGGCCCAUCCGCACCCGCCGCCGCCUCUAGCCUCCGCCAGGGCCCUGCUGGUCCCGCUGGUGCUGCUCGGGCUGGGGCAGGUGGUCUGCAGCGUUGCGUUGUUCUUCUGCUUCAGAGCCCAGAUGGACCCUAACAGAAUUACAAAAGAAGACACUCGCUGUUUCACAGCACUUUUAAGACUUCAAGAAAGCACAGAUUUGCAAGAGACAACACUGGAAAAUCAGGAAGCAAAAUUAAUCUCCGAAUCAUGCUGGAGAAUAAAACAGGCUUUGCAAGGAGUUAUGCAGAAGGAGAUACAGCGCAUCAUUGCUGGAAGAGAGCCACCAAGAUCAGGAAAAGCUAUAAUGGAAGCACCAUGGUUUGAUCUGUCCAAGAGAAACAAACCUGAGAAGCAGCCCUUUGCACAUCUCAUUAUUGAUGAUAAAAAUAUUCCAGCUGGCACACGCAAAGUGAACCUUACAUCCUGGCAUCAUGACAAAGGGCAGGCAAACUUAUCGAAUAUGACCUUCCGUGAUGGAAAACUAAUAGUCAAUCAAGAUGGGUUUUACUACUUGUAUGCCAACAUUUGUUUUAGACACCAUGAAACUUCAGGAGACCUAACUAGAAGAGGGCUUCAGCUGAUGGUGUACAUGAUUAAAACAAACCUUAAAAUAAGACGCUCUGAUGCCCUAAUGAAGGGAGGAAGCACCAAAUAUUGGUCAGGAAAUUCAGAAUUUCAUUUUUAUUCUGUAAACAUAGGAGGAUUUUUUAAACUAAAGUCUGGAGAAGUAAUAAGUAUCCAGGUAUCAAACCCAUCAUUACUGGAUUCAUCUCAAGAAGCAACUUAUUUUGGGGCAUUUAAAGUAAGGGAUCUAGACUGA